CCAAAUUCCCCCUUUUUUUUUUUUUACUCCAAUUAUAAAUGUUUAUUAUAGGUUCUCAUUUUUCCGUAAAUUUAAUUUGUUUAUUUAUAUUUGGAGGUUGUGAAACGAAUUAGUUGGGAUUUAUAACUUUAUACUAUUUAAAUAGAAAAAUGGCCAUGCAGUGUCAACUUUGGAUGGGAAGUUUGGAGCCCAAUAUGACAGAGAGCUUCAUUAUGGCUGCAUUUCAUCGCAUGGGGCAGAGGCCACUUGCAGUCAAGGUGAUGAGGAAUAAAUUUACUGGUGAACCGGCCGGCUAUGCAUUUGUACACUUUCAGACUGAUGAAGAAGCAAUAGACGCAAUGCACAAAUUGAAUGGUAAACCUAUUCCCGGAACUUUUCCCAUCGUAAGGUUCAGAUUGAACACAGCGUCGAGGGAGGCUCGUGCUAAUAUGCAACAGGAGCGAGAGUUCUCAGUAUGGGUUGGAGAUCUCAGUCCUGAUGUUGACGAUUACUCUCUUUAUAGGGUGUUCGCUUCUAAGUACUCUUCUAUUAAGACUGCCAAAGUAAUAUUGGAUGCAUCAGGCUACACAAAAGGCUACGGUUUCGUCAGGUUUGGUAACGAAGAGGAACAGCGUAACGCUCUAUAUGCUAUGAAUGGAUACACAGGUCUUGGCAGCAAACCACUUAAGAUCUGCACUGCAGUGCCAAAGCCUAAAGGAGCAACAACUUCACAGAAUCAACCGGCCGCUACUGCAACUAAUGCUUCGUACAACAGUGGAACGGAGUACAACCAAUAUUAUGAUCCGUCAGCCUAUUGGCAAAAUUACUCAGCGUGGUCUGGAUACUAUGGGCAGGGCGACCAGAGCGCCGUGGCGGCGCAGCCGGCCGCCGCGGUCGAAGUCGCACAAACUCCGGUCGCCAAAUUGCCAUCUGAUGAUUUGGCACUCGUUGAACACAAGAAGUCGAUAGAUGUAGACCAGAUGAAUCAAGAAUUUCUCGACCCGGAUUUAUCUCUUUGGGACAGUUUGGAAGCGUCCCAAUGGUUUCCUCACGAGUGCAUUGAGGCGUGUUGAUAAGAUUGAUUUUAUUGAUGUGAUUUAGUAUUUAAGAAAUAGGUAUAUAAUAAAUAAUUUUAAUUAAAA